AUGGAUGAGGAAUACGACGUCGUCGUUCUCGGUACCGGUCUCACGGAAUGUAUCCUUUCCGGCCUCCUUUCCGUUGAGGGCAAGAAGGUCCUCCACAUGGAUCGCAACGACUACUACGGCGGUGACAGUGCCAGUCUCAACUUGACGCAGCUCUACCGCAAGUUCAGGCCCGACCAGGCUGUCCCGCAGGACUUGGGUCGCGACCGUGACUACGCCGUCGAUCUCAUCCCCAAGUUCAUCAUUGCUUCCGGAGAGCUCACUCGUAUCCUGGUUCACACCGACGUCACCCGUUACCUCGAGUUCAAGCAGAUCGCUGGCUCCUUCGUCUACCGCGAUGGCAAGAUCUCGAAGGUCCCCAGCACAGAGAUGGAGGCCGUCAAGAGUCCCCUCAUGGGCCUCUUUGAGAAGCGUAGGGCGAAGAAGUUCUUUGAGUUCUUGCAAGGAUGGAAGGAUGAGGACCCGGCGACUCACCAAGGCGUCGAUCUGGACAAGGACACCAUGGCAUCUGUUUACGAGAAGUUUGGUCUUGAACCUGGUACGCAAGACUUCAUUGGACACGCCAUGGCCCUCUACCUUGAUGAUGACUACAAGAAGAAACCUGCACGACCGGCGUACGAGCGCAUCGUUCUCUACACUUCCUCUAUGGCUCGCUACGGCAAGUCCCCAUACAUUUAUCCCCUGUAUGGCCUCGGGGAGCUUCCUCAGGCGUUCGCGCGUCUGAGCGCGAUCUAUGGCGGUACCUACAUGCUUGACAAGCCCAUCGAUGAGAUUGUCACCGACGCCGACGGCAAGUUUGUUGGUGUGCGCAGUGGCUCUGAGACCGUCAAAGCCAAGCAGGUUGUUGGUGAUCCCAGCUACUUCGGCGCCGGCAAGUCUUCCGAGGGCAAAGUCCGUGUUAUCGAAGAGGGCAAGGUCAUCCGUGCUAUCUGCUUCCUCAAGCACCCCAUCCCCGGCACCGAGGAUUCUGACAGCGCACAGAUCAUCAUUCCUCAGAACCAGGUUAACAGGCGUAACGAUAUUUACAUCGCUUGCGUGUCGUCGACACACAACGUUUGCGCGAAGGAUGUCUACGUUGCGAUUGUCAGCACCAUUGUCGAGACUGACAAGCCCGAGCUUGAGAUCGCUCCUGGUCUCCAGCUUCUUGGCCCCAUCUACGACAAGUUCGUCUCAGUCUCGUCCCUGUAUACCCCAACGGCGUCCGGCGAGUCCGACAACGUCUUCAUCACGCGCUCUUACGACGCGACUUCGCAUUUCGAGACCGUCGUCGAGGAUGUGCAGAAUGUCUGGAAGCGGAUGAUGGGCAAGGACCUCGUCCUCAAGAAGCGCGAGGUGAACGUUGAGGCUUGA